AUGGAUUCGAAAGCAAAACGCCAAACUCCUCCUGGAGAUAGGAUCAGUGAAUUACCGGAUGAAAUUCUUUGUCACUUACUUUCGUUCCUUCCAACUUUACAUGCCGUGCGGACCACGAUUUUGUCUACAAGAUGGAACAACGUAUGGUGUACCAGUGCUCCCAUUAGCCUACAGUUUGAUAGCAGAGAUUUUUCUUCUGGACCUCAACAACAAACGAGGUUUAUGAGAUUUGUUGACUGCGUGAUUAAAUUAUGCGGCUCAUCAUGCAACAUUAGAAGACUAUGUCUUCACUGUCACUCUUUCGCUUUUAAAGAUGAAGAUUUCUCUCGUAUUCAUAGAUGGAUAUCCACUGCCAUAAAAAACAAUGUCAUUGACCUUGAUCUUUAUUUGUUUAGUAAUAAUAAUUAUGAUUCCUUCGAGAAAUUUGAAAUGCCUCCUAGCGUUUUCCAGUGCAGAUCAUUGGUGAGUCUGAAGUUGGACACAAAUUGUCUUACCUAUAGUCCAUCUACAUCAGGUUGUUUCCCAAGCCUCAAGUACCUUCAUGUUACGUUUCGGGACUAUAUUAAUGAGGGAAGGGUAAAAAUCUUUCUGAACUGCCCUGCUCUUGAAGAUUUGACUAUAGUUGGAAACGUGGGUGGAGAUGUUUUGGAACUUAACAUCUCCGCACCUCAGAUGAAGACGUUAACAACUGAUAAUCUCGACUGCAAGUUUUUCGUUGAUGCCCCGAGACUUGAAAACCUCAAUGUCAACAUCGAUUGGCCUUCUUUGACGUCGAAUUAUGUUUUGGAGAAUUCUAAAUCUUUGGUCAAGGCCAAAGUUCAUGUCAAAUAUAUAGCACCAAAACACAAGCAUCGAUAUCCAUCUUAUGUUCCCAAUAUAUCUGAGUUACUUGCAGGUACUUCAAGUGUUAAAUAUUUAACAUUUUUAGCUCCUCUGUAUCUGGAAGCACGCUAUCUGCCGGAUUAUGAGAAUCUGAACCAACUGGAGUUAGAUCUUCGUUGCUUUUGCUGGGACCUUGUAGUAGAGUUGCUCAAGAAAUGUCCUAGUAUGAAACACUUGAUCUUAAACCUUCAUCGUACAGCAUGGAAUCACGAUUACAAGCCAGUCAAUCCACCAACGCUUGUGCCGGGGUGUCUCUCGUCACACCUUAAGACUGUCUCUAUGCGUGGAUUCCACGGAGAACAGGAGGAGGUUCAAGUGCUCAAGUACUUGUUACACUACGGUGAGGUUUUGAAUAAGAUUACUAUUUCUACAAGGAAUUUCGUAGAUUCCAACUGGGGGGAGCUUUCCAAUUCUGUGGAUUCAAUCAGAGCUGCAAGUCUUUGGAGUGGCGGAACCGGCCUGCAGCGAUUCCCAAGCGUGCUUAGAAUAUCUUCUAUGCAGGAGAGGCCGACUGCUUCUGAGUCGUCGUCGCAGCAGCAUAACUACAGUACCAUCAGGAUGGAGCAACUGUUGUCGUCGCGGCCAAGUUCGAGCCGAGCUCGGAUCUCGGCGGAGCAGAAAGAGAAGAAAGCGAGGAGAGAGGAAGAGGGGAAGGGGGAAUUGGCGAAGGGGAAUGAUGAUGGCUCUCGGCGUUUGUGA